ACUGAACCCUAAAUUAAACUAAACUAAAGUCUUUGAACAGCAGGACACAAAAUGUUGGAGUAACACUUUUCCACGCUGUUAACAAAAACAUCUCACCGUACUUCGGUACCCCUGACAUUGACCUCGACUGAGCUGGACCUGUGUGCACCAUGGUACACAAAAAUGCUGGAGAAACUCAGCGGGUGCAGCAGCAUCUAUGGAGCGAAGGAAAUAGGCAACGUUUCGGGCCGAAACCCUUCUUCAGAAACCCUGUGUGCAUCAUGCCCCAUUGACACACGCACACCUCCUGUUAUAUUUAUGUGUCAACCACAAAGUGGUGUUGGCUUACCUCUUGAUUCUGACUGUAAUGAGGAGCCCUGCAGUGAUGCCUGGUUUCUAUGGACACCUGUUCAGCAGAGGGGAAACCGGAUAGCCGCGGACUGAACUAUCCGCUAGCUCGAGACAGUCAUAGUGCCUCCGACAGGCGGCUUCACCAGACAGCGGAGACUAUCCGUGCGACUUCCUCUUUGGAUCAAGUCAUGCGUUGAUCCCGACUUGGAAUCACCGCCCCUGUACGAAAUGUCAUCCGUGGAACAACAAUCUGAGCCAACGAGGAACGCAGUGGAUGACGCAAAGAUCGAAAUAGUGUCAGUGACCGAAGAGGAAAUUCCCACCAUCGCCAUUCCCAACGUCACGCAACGGAUUCUCAACAUCCUCGAAGCUAAAGUAUUGCCCGCCGAGGCAGGACAACAAGAGGGAGCCACAUCCAAGUGCCACAUUAUUACAUCCAAGAAGUUCCUGCUGUUGGUGGCUGCCGGAGUGGCAGCCAGCAUCGUGUUACUUAUAAUAGUCAUCAGUGUGGGUGUGACGUACAGCUGUAUCGGCAAGUUCCGAUGUACGAACUCCUCAUCGUGUCUCUGGCUCUCCGCUCGCUGUGAUGGCGUUAAAGACUGCCCUGCCGGGGAAGAUGAGCUGGGCUGUGUGCGAGUCAGCGGGAAGAGCUCGGUGGUGCAGAUCUACAGCGGAGGGGCGUGGAGGACCGUGUGCUGGGAUGGCUGGAACGCCGCGCACGGCACCGCGGCUUGCGCGCAACUGGGAUACGGCAGCUACAUCAGCUCCACGCAGCUUCCCGUCACGUCCAUCGAGGAGACGUUGAGGAACAACUUUGUGGAAGUCGACGUCAGCCUCCGUGUUAACCGAGUGCAAAUGGCCGCCACACUCAGUGAGUGUAGUUCGGGAAGAGUGACCUCGCUCAAGUGUUUGGAGUGCGGCUCCAGGCCCAGGUUCCUGCCUCGGAUUGUCGGAGGGAAUCUCUCGGCCGGCGGGCAUUGGCCGUGGCAGGUCAGUCUGCACCUGGACGGGCACCACUUGUGUGGAGGAUCUAUCAUCGCCCCGCUCUGGAUAGCAACUGCUGCACACUGCGUCGUCCAGUUCAUAUUUCUCUCCUCGUGGAGGGUGUAUGCUGGCAUCGUGGAGCAGCCUCUGACCGAAAGCUCUUCCCACCUGGUCAAGAAGAUCAUACACCACCAGAAAUUUAGAAGCCAGACGUACGAUUAUGACCUGGCCCUCAUAAAGCUGGAACGGCCACUGGCGUUCAACGAUUGGAUCCAGCCCAUCUGCCUACCGAACUCGGGACAAGAAUUUCCGAAUGGCAAAUCCUGCUGGAUCUCAGGCUGGGGGCUGACGAGUGAAGAAGCGGAUGAAAUCUCACUUGAUCUGCGUGAAGCGGAGGUCCCGCUGAUUGCCAACAACAUUUGCCGCCGUCCCGAUGUUUACCACAAGAGGAUCAGUUCCAGGAUGAUCUGCGCUGGCUACCUGCAGGGAGGUGUGGACACCUGUCAGGGGGACAGUGGUGGACCGCUGGCCUGCAGAGAAGAGAGCGGAUGGAGGUUGGUGGGGAUUACCAGCUGGGGAGCUGGCUGUGCAAACCAGAACAAACCUGGCGUCUACGCCAGGGUCACCGAAUACCUCGAGUGGAUCCACCAGCAAAUGGAGAAGGAAGAGUCAAAUGGCUGAAGAGAACCAAAAGUGAAGCGUUUGAAUAAAACCACGUCUAAGUUUUGUCCUAAUUACACAAUGAGUCAUGUCUCAAUAUGAACAUUGCAAUCUUAGCAUAUGUUACAUGCCCAGUGGGGAAGGGUGAGAAUUAGUUACAUAUUCACAAGCUGCUAGACUUCCACCGGGUGGCGCAGCGGUAGAGUUGCUGCCUUACAGCAAAUUCAGCGCCAGAGACCCGGGUUCGAUCCCGACUACGGGUGCUCUCUGUAAGGAGUUUGCACGUUCUCCCCGUGACCUGCGUGGGUUUUCUCUGGGAGCUCCGGUCAAAAUUGAAAUUCCUGACUACCAUGUGAUUUCAAUUUGCAUUCUUUGUGGUAUUAGUUUAGAUUACUCGUCAUCUAAUCCAAAUCUCACAGGUCUUGAGGCCAAUCAGCCCUUUGCAACUAUCCCAGAUCCUUGAAGCAAUCAGAUUAGUCCCAGUUCCCCGAUCUCCCGGUACAACAUGGUGUUUCCAUUUCUUUUUUGCCACCUGUGUGGUUUACAGUGGUAUCUGCUUCCAUCACAUGACAUGGAGCACCUGUGGCACAGCGGUAGAGUUGCUGCCUUACAGCGCUUGAGACACCGGUUCGAUCCCGACUACAGGUGCUUGUCUUUUUAUUAGAAGUAAGUACAAUAAAAUGGUAUCAUAGAUACCUAGUAUAUAUUGACAUGUUGUGGUUCAUGUACAGCUUCUUAUUUUUUUUUAAAUUUUAACAGUAAAAAAAGGGCUAGAAUGAGAAUAGAAAAGGAAUAGAGAGGCGUGUGAUAUCGGAAAGUGAGAAGAAGAAAAAUGGAGAAGAAAGAAAAUAGAGAGAAAAGAAGAAAAGGUAAAAGGA